AUGAGUUAUUGUGAAGAUGACUUGGAUGAAGAGCCUGGCCCUUCGCAUCAAAGGAUUUGUAGCCCGUCUUCGAACUGUACUUCGACUUUGAGCGACUCUAGGGAGAGAAUAGUGGCGGAAAUGGAGCGCAUGUUUGACAGCGAUGACUCUGAUAAAGAUCCCACUUAUAACCCCGAUCCAAGCUUUUUAAUACAAUCAGAGGAUUUAUUUGGAGAACAAUGGGCGAAUAACAAGGUUGAGAACUUAGAAAAUGUUAUGCGAUUCUAUGGAGACGAUCAUGACGAAGAUUUUCAACCUAACGACGGCGACGUUAUUAUCGCACAGGUGUUGCCAACAUCUGAUGCACAAAAAGUCGUAAUAUCUCUUUGGGGACUCUUAUUGAAAGGAGUAUUCGAUGCUACUCGGAAAAGGAAACGUUGGAUGAAACCAGAACCUGAAAAUUGGAAAGUAAAUAUCGCGAAGAAAAGACGAUCUGAAAGUUUAACUUAUUCAACGCGAAAAAAAGAUAGGAGUGCUAAAACACCAAAAGAGGUUGACUGUGAGAAAUGUUUCUAUAAAUGUAGUGUGAUCUCUCCUGAAGAAAGAAAUAAUUUAUGUCGUCUCAAAAGAAUUUCAUUCUCGGAUCUAUGUUUAAUAUGCUCCAAUUUCAACAAAGCUAGUGACGACGAAAAACUAGUUUUGAAAGAGGAAUACAAGGAUCAUUUAGCAAGGAAAGCGUCCUGUUACUCGGAAAAAGCGAAGGACAAAGAAAGAGCAGAGAAAGAUAAAUAG